AUGACUUCCCACGGACUCUGGGCGAUAUCGCCCCUCUUGCUGAUCGUCGGACUACUCCCAACCGUCUCGGCUCAGUUCUGCUCUUUCUGGAAUAAUGGCUGCAUCGACUCGCUGGCUCAGACGGCCAUUCGUUUCGAUCUCGAACCGCUUUUCCCGGAUCCUGUCACGCUGUAUUAUGGUUUCGACGCGAGUGUCUCUGGCAAGGGCGAAGGCCCAAUGACCAAGACGGCCUUUUGGUUGGGAUACCAGAAUAAUAUCAACAGGGACGCUGUUGAUUCGAAUCGGACUUCGGAGAUUGGGAUGCGCAUCGGGAAUCUGACGGGCACUCCGUCUGGUACGAAUAAUGGCUGUGAUGGAAUCUGGGGCUCUGAUUGCUCCAGUGAGUUGAAGAGCGUUUUACAGCGGGCUAUUUAUCACCUUGCUCUUUCGGGUGAUUAUUAUUCGAAGCCACUGGAGGUUGCUCUCAAUCAGAUGUUGAUGAAGCCUCCGCCGCUUCCUUCUUGUCCACCGCCUGUUCUUGAUGUGGCAUCUAUUCCUGUGCAGGAUUUCGCCAAAGAACGCGUCCCCGAUCAGAAUGUUACCUUGAUGCCACCUGGCUCUGGGGCCUUCCCUUGGCAGGUGUGGUAUAUUGAUGGCAUGAACGCUCGCCAGCAGGCCAACCAGGUCGCUGUUGGAAUCAUUAGUCGCGGACCUUCAUAUAAUAGUGCACCGCCCGACAGCCCAGACGAUAUCAUGGUCGAGCUUGUAUGUCUUCAGGCUCCUUCGAGUGGAUCAUCCAAGAGCGGCCAUGAUUAG